AUGGCGUCGGUUCUUGAUUUAGUUAAACAUUAUCAAAAUGCUAUAGAAAAAUAUCCGCAUGACGAACAGAAAGUUUUGAAAUGCAUAAACAAGUUGUUCAGCCUGGGGGUGACAGUGCAGCAUCUCCAGGAUACAGGUGUAGGCCGCACAGUAAAUGCUUUGCGAAAGGAGCCAGGAGAUGUCGGCCAGGCUGCGCGAUCUCUGGUGUAUAAGUGGAAAAUGAUGGUAGCUGCAGAGGAAAGUGACCCAGAAGAACAAAACAAUGACACAUCAACCUACAAUGGUCAUCAUUCAGAAGAUAGUGGUCAAAGGUCUCGAAAUAAUUCAGGCCAAUAUGACAAAUCAAAUUCAACGGGAAAACCAAAAGAAGAAAAAGAUGUGAAUGGUAGUAGCAGUAAGAGAAGACAUCAUAGUAGUGAGGAAGAAGAGCUUCAGAAACGGCGAAAAUAUUCUAGUUCUAGUGACGAAGAGUCCGAUAGGCGAUCUCAAAGUAGAAGUCAAAGAGACGAAUCAGCAAGUGAUAGUAAUGAUGAUAGCGACAAUUCACAAAGUGAUGAAAGUGAGUCAGAAGUUUCCGAAUCUUCACAAGAAGAAGUUAAGAUUAAAAAACAAAUAAAAACAGAACCUGCAGAAGACCAUAAAUCGUCAUCUAAACAUUCUUCGCACAGUGAAAAUAUUUAUGCCAAAGGUUCUCCUAGUUCGAAACGACAACAAUCAGACAAACACACCAAACAUGACAGUUCACAUACUAAAGUAAGACAAACUUCUUCAGAAAGAUCGUCUAUCAAGGAAAAACAUCACAGCUCUGACAGACACAGCAAUAGCUCCGAAAAACAUAAGGGUCACAGCUCUGACAAACAUGGCAGUCACGAUUCAGACAAACAAGGCAGUCAGAGUUCUGACAAACAUGGCAGUCAUAGCUCAGACAAACAUGGCAGUCACAGUUCUGACAAACAUGGCAAACAUAGUUCUGAAAAACAUGGUAGUCAUAGUUCUGAGAAACAUAAAAGUUCGAAGGAAAAAGAGUCUAAUUUGGAAAAAAAGAACAAAACAGAAAGCAAGUCCAAUAGUGAGAAAAAUGAUAAAGAAUCUAAGUCUAGCAAACAUAGUAGUUCUUCAUCAGACAAACAUAAAUCUAGCAGCUCAUACAAAGCCGAAAGUAUCAAAGAAAAGACAAGUUCUGAGAAACACAGUAAAUCCGACAAACAUAAGAGCUCCAGUAACUCACAUAGUUCCGAAAAAGAAAAACACAAGAGUCCAUCAGAGAAGGAAGCGUCUAAAAACAGGUCAAAAGAAAGUACUAGCAAUGACGGUAGUACUGUUGAAAAACACAGUUCAUCUAGUAAAGAUAAGUCUAAAGAUAGAGGUAGCUCUUCAAAGGAAAAGUCUAAUAGUGAGAAAAAACACUCAUCAUCCAGUGAGCAUAAAUCAUCAAGUAGUAGUAAAAAGAGUUCAGAGAAGAAUAAUGACAAGAGUGAAAAGUCUGGACAUAAAUCAAGUUCUUCAUCUCAUAAGAGCAGUCUAAAGUCAAACAGCCAUAGUAAAAAAGAAGAUGUACCAAAGAAAAAAGUCCAAAUAAUUGAAGCGCCAGAUAGCGACGAUGGAAUUGAUUGUGGCUCAGGUGCUAGUUUUGCUGAGGCUCUUGGUAUGAUAAGUCCUGCUAAACCUAAGAAGAAAUCGGGAACUUCACAUCAUCAAUCACCAAACAGUGAUUUGAGCCCUGCUGCAUUACUAGCUCCUAGUGCAAAGCUAGCACCACUGCCGGCUCUAGAGAUAUCAUCAUUGCCGGAAAUUUCACCGAAUUACAAGCCACGGCCGCCGCCGCGACCUCUACCACAUUUUAAUGACGAGGAUACUCUUAGCAUAGGAAUAUCCUCCAAAAACCUAAGAACGAAAGUGUAUUCGGGAAACAAAGUUAUAGGAAAGGUACCAACACUGUAUGAGAUAUGUGUACAAGUUCUUCAAGAACACAUCGACGCCCUUGAGUACACGGGUGGCGUGCCAUACGAAAUUCUAAAACCUGUUGUGGACAAAGCAACUCCGCAUCAACUAUACAUGCUUGAGCACUACAACAACUAUUUGAUGGAUGAUACUGAUCAUCUAUGGAAAAAUUUCUGUCAGAAAAAUUUUCGUACCAAACAGAGACAAGAAAUGGAAUCCUGGAGGGAAAUGUACGCUAGGUGCCAAGAAGAGCAAGAACAUAGAUUGAAGUCCCUCACAACAAAUAUCAGGAUUGCACAAGAAGCAAAAAAAGCGCCUAUAAAACAAACCAAAAUGGCAUACGUUGAUUCGUUUGCGAAACCACCACGGAAUGUUGCUAAAAAACAACUGGCGCACGGCACGGCGCGGCUGGCGACGGGCAGCCCGGCGGCGCGCGUGGCUGCGCUGGCGGCGGCGCCCGGCGUGCUGCGCGGCGGCGCGGCGCGCGCGCUGUCCGCCGCCUCCUCCGCCACCGCGCAAGCGCACAAGCCCAAGCGCGCGCCGCUCAUGGCCAAGGCGCUGCAGGCCAUGCGGGGCCGCAAGCGAUGA